AUUGAAAAAGUCAUGUUUUGUUUUAUUGUAUAUACCGAGGACAGUCACCCUCCGCCAAGGGGUCCAUACUUAAGCGGCUGUUUAUACCGUCUAACCGAAAAUGAGCGACUAUCAUCCCGCACACCCCUACAAUUCGGGACGUUAUUUCCGCAUUUGGCAAUUCCGGAGGGAUAAAGCCUGAGCUACGAUCCGAGGGCAUAAAUAUCUUAAGCUCGACUCUUUCCUUGGAAUUCGGUUCCUUUUGCAGCUCUACCCAUCACCAAUCGCGCAGCAAUCCAUCUACAAUAAUGUUUGGUCGAAUCGCUCUUUUGGCUCUUGCCCUCGUCCCUUUCGCCGUCGGCCAAGCUGCCGAUGACUUUGAAAGCGGUUGGGAUGAUGCCGCGUGGCCUGUCUACGCACCUGACUGCAACCAGGGCGGUAAAGUCAGUCUCGACAGCACUACUGCGAAAAGUGGCAAGAACUCCAUAAGGGUCGAUGGUGCUGGUGGUUUCUGUGGUCACGUUUUCUUCGGCACGACCAAGGUUCCCAGCGGUGACGUCUACGUCAGAGCAUUUGUCAAGGCUUCCAAGGCCCUUACUGACUCUCAUGUCUCAUUCAUCACUAUGCCUGACUCCGCCCAGGGUAGCAACAAGCAUCUCCGCAUUGGUGGUCAGAGCAAGAUCUUGAUGUACAACCGCGAAUCCGACGACGCCACUCUUCCCGAUCUCUCACCUCAAGGAAUUGCUGCCUCUAAGGCACUCCCAACUGGUGAUUGGCAAUGCUUUGAAUACCACCUUGGUACGGAUGGCACGGUUGAGACUUGGUUGAACGGCGAAGCUAUUGACGGUCUUACCGUUAAGGCUGGCGUAACCAACAACAACGCCGCUCAGUGGCAGAGAAGCAGCAGCAAGCCCAAGAUUACUGGUAUUUACUUCGGGUGGGAAUCCUACGGUGGAGACACCAACACUCUAUGGUACGACGACAUCUCCAUCAGCUCGACCCGUGUUGGGUGCACCGGUGGAUCCGCUUCCCCUUAAAAUACAUAUUUAGCCUAAAUACAGAGAGGUACACCAAUUACAACCCCAGGUACUCAAUUGCGAGAAGCGUGUUUCAAUUCAUACUUCCGGCGGUCUAGGUAGUAUUUAAGCCUAAAAGUAGUUACUUUCAAUUGCGAGCUUAAUUGAUUCUAUGCGGAGGGUUACGUAGCGUUUGCUGGAUUGGGUUUAUCUACAUUUCGGAUAUCCCACACGCCCGAAUAUUCGACGUAGUCUAAAUAAACACACUCCUAGAUCAAAGAGGCUAGUCAACAUUGUCGUCCUGACUACCUAGAUUUUUCGGCGAAUCCACUCCCCAAUUUCAAUAAUGUUGGUCUGCAUGUUGUGCUCUUUAAUUAUCUAGCUAGGUACGUACGUAUUUAACCAAGGUAGAAAAGCUUAUCUUUAUAAGUUAUUCAUUAUUCUAUACA